UCUCUCCAUUUUUAUUUCAUUUUUUGACUUUUCCCCAAAUAUUUCCCUUUUGCGUAAGUACUUCCAUGAUCACCCAAUGAAAAUUUCGAAAUUGGAAGUUAUUUCUGCAACAUGUUACUGCUGAUUCAUCGCCUCUUCCUUCAAACUUCAAACCGCAUGUUAUUUUUAGAGUUCUGAUUGUGACAGUCCUCUGAUUCCACAGUGCACAAAGAGGCUGGAAAAUUAUUAAGUUUAAGUUGUUAGGUAAAGGACUUGGUGAAAUGGGAGGUUGUUGCUCAUCAUCCAGAAAGCUGGAGCUUCGUGGAGCGCCAGUGUAUUAUUAUUACCAUCCAUCUCCAGAAGAGAAUGCAUUCCUCAGUUCGCGCAGUGGUGGACCGUUGCUUGAUUUAAAUCUGAACAUGUCAGCUCCUGACACUUAUCGAUCUCCUCCUGCACCUAUACCAUACGAUGUGGUUCUGGGGCAUCCACUUGUUGGGUCGAGAGACGCGGCUUUAAGUGGCCAGCUUUUAGGAAAACAUAUUUGCAAGGAUAUCCAAUUGGGCAUUCUUCCCCUAUCUCCUAGGAAGACAGACCCUGAGCUUUUGAAAUCUAAUCCACUUACAGUAGCAGCAAUGGAUGAAGAAGAUGUCUGCCCCACUUGUCUGGAAGAGUAUGAUUCAGAGAAUCCUAAAAUAAUGACCAAGUGUAACCAUCACUUUCACCUUUCAUGCAUACUCGAGUGGAUGGAAAGAAGCGACACCUGCCCUAUCUGUGAUCAGGAAAUGAUAUACGAAACUCCUGUGGGUGUGGCAAGAUGUGAUUAGCUUGGCUAUUGUGUGUAUAGCUCUUCUUUGUAUAUAGAUAGGAAUCCAUGCAAUUCAUCAUUCUCAAUCCUUUAUGGAUCAACAUUCAUUUGUACAAAGAUCAUUUCACUUUGUAAAUAUUUCAAACGUCUCGACCCAGUUCAGCCCUAUUGAAACAGAUUAGUUUCAGAAACGUUGAUAAAGAAGGGCAUCAUCAUUCUUUCAUCAGAAGGGCUGUCGCCACAAGCCUAAGAAUCAACAUUUCUGGUUGUUGUCUGCUUUGCAAGUGUGAGAGGCAUGCAUAUAGACAGGGGAUAUAGAGGUAUAUAGUUACCACAAUUCAAGAUUUCUCUGUAUGUUCUGUCAAGAUUUAAGGUACGAAACAAUUUAUAUAGCUUCUCGUGUUUAAUAGUAUUUGCAGGCUUGGUUGUAAAUUUCUUUAAUGUGCUGAUCUAUGAACUCAUACACGUGAUAGAAUCGUUCUUGGCUUUGAAAUUUAGUCAUAGAUUUAUGUACAUAUUUAUGAACUAUUACAAAAAUUUAGUGAUAUACAUGUGCCGAUUUAUAUAA